AUGUCUGAUCAAGAAAAAAAGGGUGUGUCCAGUGCCAUCGGCAGCUCUAUAGUCAUGGUCGAACAGAAUACGGACGGUCGUCAUAAACAACCAUACAGACCCACCGAGCUUCAAGAUGACAACGAGAUGUAUCAAAAACGAUCGAAAGCACCCGUUGUACCUUCUGUAGCUGAAGAAUUGAAACAUUUAAAUGAAGAUUCAGCAAAUGCCAUUGCAGAGAAGAGAGAACGGAAGGAGAGUGAAGCUAUGUCUUCUGAAAAGCACAAGCAUGCCAAAAAACUAUCCUCAAAUACCAAAAGACGAGAAUCUUCGCCAGAAUCUAUUCCCAUGUCUGCUAUUGAUGUGGACAAAAAGAGAAUGCUACCACCAUCGCAACCCAUUCCCCCAGAGGUAGAUGCAGCGCUUUCUGGCGCACACGACCUACCAGUAGAAAAAGAUGCACCCAGAAAACCUGACGAAGACAGCAUUACCGAAGAAAUUGCAGAACUGCGGACUCCCGAAUUGGAGAAGAAACAUUCAAACUGGUCGGAUGAUGAAGCGGCUGGCGGGCUGCCGCGGAGCGACUCGAGGUCAUCUCGCGUCUCUCGCAUGGUGCGGCAGUUCUUCUGCUGCGGAGUGGCUUACGAGGCACCAUCCGAGGACAAUAUCUCCGACCACCGCAAAGUUGCCAUAUAA